AGUUGAGAUUCGAAACAAAAAUCAAUCAGCUCUAAAUUCUCCCGAAGAGCGAAGACGGGAGACUUAUGGCUGAGACACUUUUGUCGUUUGGAGUCGAGAAGCUUUGGGACCUCCUUGUCCGAGAAUCUGAGCGAUUCCUAAGAGUAAAAGAGCAAUAUAAUGAAGUUAAAGAACAUCUACAAAGGUUAAGGGGUUUUUUGAAUGAUGCAGAUGCCAAGAAACAUACAAGUGCAAUUGUGAGAAAAACUGUGGAAGACAUCAAAGAAAUUGUUUAUGACGCAGAAGAUAUAAUCGAAACCUUUCUUCUAAAAGAAGAAGCUGGAAAGACAAGUGGCAUUUGGAACCGUGUGAAAAGAUUGGCCUUGGUUAUAGUGGACCAUAGGGAACUUGGUUCCGAUCUAAGAGCCAUAAGUAAGAGGAUCGAUAAAGUGAUUCACGAUAUGCAGAUUCUUGGCGUACAACAGGUCAUGGUCAAUGAAAGGUAUACGCAGUCUCUACAGGACGGACAAAGAGAAAUGCGACAAAAGUUGUCCAGCGAUUAUGAAGACCAUCUUGUGGGGUUGGAGAAGACUGUUGAGCAAUUGGUUGGCUAUUUAGUGAAGGAAGAUAGCAGCCAAGUGGUUUCUAUAACUGGAAUGGGCGGUAUUGGUAAAACCACCCUCGCAAGAAAAGUUUUUAAUCGUAAGACUAUACAAUGUCAUUUUGCAGGACUCGCGUGGGUAUUUGUUACACAAAAGUUUACAAGGAAGCAUGUGUGGCAGAUGAUCUUGCGGAAACUAAGGCCAGAAUACAAAGUGUUAGAGAUGCUAGAAAACGAACUUCUAGAAAAACUCUUUCAAGUGUUGGAAACACAAAACACUUUGAUUGUCCUUGAUGAUAUAUGGAGAGAAGAAGAUUGGGACAUAAUUAAACCAAUGUUUCCACGGAAAAAAGGUUGGAAGGUACUUCUUACUUCUCGCAACGAGAGUGUGGGAUUGCGAGCAGAUCGAAGAUGUGUCACCUUCAAACCAACACUCCUAACCCCUGAAGAAAGUUGGACAAUGUUUCAAAGGAUAGCAUUUCCUAGAGAAAACUCUACCGAAUAUAAGAUUGAUGAAGAAAUGGAAGAGCUGGGUAAGAAGAUGAUCGAACAUUGUCACGGACUACCAUUGGCCAUCAAAGUGUUAGGAGGGUUGUUAGCUGUCCAACACACAUUAAGUGAGUGGAAAAGGGUAUGUGCGAAUAUUAAAUCUCACUUCAAUGACAGCAAUAACACUCCUGUUGACCAAAUAUUGUCUCUGAGCUAUGAAGAGCUGCCUAUUUCUCUGAAGCACUGCUUCCUCUACCUUGCCCGUUUUCAAGAAGAUUAUGCAAUAGAUGUCAGAGAAUUGUCCUAUUAUUGGGCCGCAGAAGGAAUACCAAAGUCGAGGUAUUAUGAUGAAGCGACCAUUCGAGAGGUCGCAGAUGAAUACAUAGAAGAAUUGGUGAAGAGAAAUAUGGUUAUUUCAGAACGAGACAUUCAUACUUCGAGAUUUGAGACAUGUUGCUUGCAUGAGAUGGUGAGAGAGAUUUGUUUGUAUAAAGCUAAAGAAGAGAAUUUCCUACAAAUUAUUGAUGCAAGUAGCAUUACCUCAACUUCAGACUCUUGGUAUCAUAGUGAACCUCGCAGACUCGUCAUACAUUCGUGUGAUCAUACAUUUCUUAUAAAGAAUCCAAAAGUUAGAUCUCUCUCAUUGCGAGGCUCAAUGUGGAUGGCAUCAGGUUUAUGCUUUACAAAGGUACAUUUGAUGAGGGUGUUAGAUCUUUUUGGAGUGGAGUUUAAAGGAGGGAAGUUACCCUCUAGCAUUGGAAAGCUCAUCCACUUGAGAUAUUUGAGUUUAUAUAUGGCGAAGGUAUCUUAUCUACCCUCUUCUCUGGAGAACCUAACGUUACUCCUCUAUUUGAAUCUGAAAGUAAAAGCGGGAUCUCCACUGAAUGUGCCUAAUAUCUUGAAAGAGAUGAAAGAACUGAGAUACCUUUGGUUACCGGAUGAAAUGCAUGAUAAGACAAAGUUGGAAUUAGGUAAUCUAAUCAACUUGGAGACGUUGGAGAAUUUCUCAACAAAGCAUAGCAGCGUGAGGGAUCUUCACUGUUUGACAAAGCUCGAGACUCUCUCAAUCUUAUUCAACGGCAAGGGGUGUACUAAGAAAACCCUAUCUUCAUCUCUAAGUGAACUUAGACACUUGGAAAAUCUUACUAUUGAUGGUUACACGAGUGAUGAGGAAGGAUUAAUUUUUGAUUGUGUUCAUCUUAAACACCUGCAGUUGAGCAUAUAUAUGCCAAAGUUACCUGAUGUGCAAUAUUUUCCUUCUCACCUUACAACCAUAAAUCUGAAGAUUUGUCAUUUGGAGGAGGAUCCGAUGCCGAUUCUAGAGAAGCUGCUUCACUUAUCUCGGGUCAAAUUAUCAUUUAAAUCUUUUUGUGGGAAGAGAAUGGUUUGUUCGGGCGGCGGGUUUCUUAAAUUGCAUAUGCUUUCAAUAUGGGGACUACUGGAGUGGGAAGAGUGGAUAGUAGAAGAAGGCUCCAUGCCCCUUCUUCACACUCUGAAUAUUAGUGACUGUAAGAAAUUAAAGGAGUUCCCUAAUGGGCUGCAAUUCAUCUUUUCUUUAAAGGAUCUGAUUAUGGGAAAGGAAUGGAAGGAGAGACUGUCGAAAGGAGGAGUAGAUUAUUACAAAGUCCAGCACAUCCCUUUUGUUAAAUUUACUAGCGGGUGUACUACGGAAACUCUGUCUUCAUCUCUAGGUGAACUGAGACACAUAGAAAAUCUUACUAUAAGCGAUCACAGGGCUGAGACAAGUGAAGUUUUUUUGGAUAAUGCCAUGCGUGAGGCAUUAGACACAAAACGGAAGGAAAAUACUUUUCGCAGCCAUGAUUCUACGAAAGAGAUGGCUCAACCAGAAUGCGUAUCAGUCUUUUCAUGCAAUGACAGCCAUGAUGUGGACGAGACACAGUUCAUGGAAGCCAUCUUAAAAGAGUUGCACGAGCGAGGGAUCACACCUUUGACGUAUAAUCUUUCAGGAAGAGAGAACUUGAACGUAGAAAUGUUAAACAGAUCUAGUGUUGGUAUUAUGGUAUUUUCAAAUAGUUACGUUUGUUCUAAACAGUCCUUGGAUCAUCUUGUGGCAAUCAUGGAGCAUUGGAAAGCGAAAGACAUUGUAAUUAUCCCUAUAUAUUUUAAAGUGACACUUCAACACAUUUGUGGGUUGAAAGGCAUGUCUGAAGCAGCAUUUCUGCACCUUCAGAGUUCUGUCCAGGAAGACAGAGUUCAGAAAUGGAAGAUGGCUCUGGCUGAAAUAGAAUCCAUUGAUGGACAUGAAUGGACAAAAGGGACUGAGGUUAUGCUUGCUGAGGAAGUUGUUAGAAACGCAUGCUUAAGGUUAUAUUCGAAAAAUAGCAAGAAUCUGGUCAGAAUCUUAGCAUUGUUAAAUCAGUCCCAUCCUUCAGAUGCUGAAAUUGUGGGAAUUUGGGGUAUGGCAGGAAUAGGUAAGACAUCUAUUGCUAGAGAAAUUUUUGGAAUUCUAGCUCCACAAUAUGAUAUGUGUUACUUUCUGCAAGACUUUGAUCUAACAUGUCAAACAAAAGGGCUGAGGCAAAUGCGUGAUGAUUUAUUUUCUAAAAUAUUUGGGGAAGAAAAACUAAGUAUAGGCGCUUCUGAUAUAAAAACGAGUUUCAUGAGGGACUGGUUCCAGGAAAAAACGAUUCUUCUUGUUCUCGAUGACGUGAGUAAUGCUAGAGAUGCAGAAGCUGUAGUUGGAGGGUUUUGUUGGUUUUCUCAUGGACACAGAAUCAUCUUAACCUCUAGGAGAAAACAAGUUCUUGUACAAUGCAGGGUUAAAGAGCCAUACGAGAUCCAAAAGUUAUGCGAGUUUGAAUCUUCUCGUCUCUGCAAGCAAUAUUUGAAUGGAGAAAAUGUGGUCAUCUCAGAGCUUAUGAGCUGCAGUAGUGGUAUUCCAUUGGCUCUCAAUGUUCUGGGUUCCUCUGUAUCAAAGCAGCAUAGAAGCAAUAUGAAGGAACAUCUCCAAAGCUUGCGGAGAAAUCCUCCAACUCAGAUUCAAGACGAAUUCCAGAAAAGCUUUGGUGGACUAGACGAAAACGAAAAGAACAUAUUUUUGGAUCUUGCAUGUUUUUUCACAGGGGAGAACAAAGAUCAUGUGGUGCAAUUACUUGAUGCUUGCGGGUUUCUUACAUAUUUGGGAAUCUGUGAUCUCAUUGACGAGUCUCUCAUUAGCGUUGUAGACGAUAAAAUCGAGAUGCCUGUUCCUUUUCAAGAUAUUGGUCGAUUUAUAGUUCAUGAAGAAGGCGAGGAUCCAUGCGAACGUAGCAGAUUGUGGGACUCUAAAGACAUCGCUAAUGUAUUGACACGCAAUUCCGGAACUGAAGCGAUUGAAGGCAUUUUCCUGGAUGCUUCUGACUUGAACUAUGAGCUUAGUCCUACUAUGUUUAGUAAGAUGUAUAGACUAAGAUUGCUGAAGCUCUAUUUUUCCACCCCUGGGAACCAGUGCAAGCUAAGUCUAUCUCAAGGCCUCUACACUUUGCCCGAUGAGCUCAGGUUACUUCAUUGGGAGAAUUACCCUCUGGAAUGCUUGCCUCAGAAAUUUAAUCCUGAGAACCUUGUAGAGGUAAACAUGCCCUAUAGCAACAUGGAGAAGCUAUGGGAAGGGAAGAAAAAUCUCGAGAAGCUAAAGAGAAUUAAACUGAGUCACUCCAGAAACUUAACUGACGUCAUGGUGUUAUCAGAAGCCUUGAACCUUGAACAUAUUGAUCUCGAAGGAUGUAUUAGUCUGGUUGACGUUAGCACAUCUAUUCCUAGUUGUGGGAAGCUUGUUUCAUUAAAUUUGAAAGACUGUUCUCAGUUGCAAAGUCUGCCUGCCAUGUUUGGGUUAAUAUCUCUCAAGCUUCUUCGUAUGUCUGGCUGCUCAGAGUUCGAGGAGAUUCAGGAUUUUGCACCAAACUUGAAAGAGUUAUAUCUAGCUGGGACUGCCAUAAAGGAACUUCCAUUGUCAAUCGAGAAUCUCACUGAACUUAUUACGCUUGAUCUUGAGAACUGCACAAGGCUUCAGAAACUACCAAAUGGAAUAAGCAACUUGCGAUCUAUGGUGGAGCUUAAGCUGUCUGGCUGUACAAGUCUUGAUCCCAGAAGCAUGGAAGCUACAUUGGACGACACAUGAUUCACGCAUGGUAGGGGAGGUCUCUCAUAACAAAACAAAAGGUGUUUCACUGUUGGUAAUUUUGUAUUGCAUUUCACUUAGUAUUAGGUUCGCGUAGCUAAUGUGUUAAAACUCGUUGGUACACUUGUUCCAUAAAGUUGCAGUGACCAUCAUGGUAGCUUCAUUGGUUUAUUAUCCCAUCACCAAUUGAUUUUUAUUCGUACAAAAAAGUUGUUAGUAAAAAUUCAUGUUACAUUAUCAUUAAUCCAUUAUGCUAGCUGCAUUGCUUUAGCAUCUUAUUACCAAA